AUGACUAAGAAGACAGAGGUCGGCAUCAAGCAGGAGCGGCCGCAGAAGGACAAUCGCCAGUCGGGGCGAUCGCAUGACGAGAACAGAGAGCGAGCAUUCAUAGCAGCCUCGCGACGGAGAGAUCGAGAUCUGGAUGCGCGACUCAAAUCUGCCCUGGAUGCCAGUGAGAUACACAAGAAGCGGACGGGGAAAGCCCUCCGGAUCACCCGCGAGAUUGUCGAAAACGAGGAGAUGUACGAAGAGGAGGAGCCCGAGCUGCACCGCCGCAAGGUCUUGGGUGUCCCUUCUUCGGCGGGCGGUCCGCAGCCCGACCCGGGCAAGCGGGUGUGCGAGCUGAUAGCGUCGUCCGACCAGGAGUGGCGGCAGAGUGCCAUCAACAUGCUGUUUGCACGCUCCUUUCCCAAGUACGAGCAGCAGGCCCAGACUAUGAAUACACAGACCAUCAGCAACCAGUGGUACCAGCCACAGCCCACGAUACAGCAUUCGCCGGCGCAGACUUCGGAGAUGGUCUCCUCUCCUGAUGUGCAAAGACACUUUUCUUUGCCCAUGAUCUCUACAUCCCACAUGGUUGAACGGACCCCUAGCCUACCGGUGCAGUCUCCCUGGAUGGAUCGAGCUUCUCACAUUGUACCGACUUCACCACCGCUGGCACCCCCUGCUCUGGCGAUGGGACAUACUCCUGAGGGAAGUCCCGAAGGGCGGACCCCUGAGACGACGCAGAUGGCCGGGAUGAUGCACGCCUCUCCACCAUCGCAGUACAUGGACUUGUAUUCUCAGUCCGUGGAUUCAGGAUUCAAUACCCCGUCAGCCGAAAUUUUGGGCGACUUUGAUUUCUCACCAACCACUGAGACGGACAAGUACUCGUCCGAGUCACCUAUUACUCCGGACGACCUUAUUUACCUCAACCCGGCACAGUUGCAUACCUUGUCCCAGGUGCACACAACAUGUGCUUGUGAUCCAGCUUGGAAUCAGACCUGCAAGGCCUGCAAGGGUGAUUGGGAUCCUCUGCCGUGGGACUAA